GAGAAGGACGCAGACAUGAUGGCCGGCGUUAGAUCUGAUAUGCAAACCAUCCGUGAUACCUUCAACCUGGAGGAAGUACCUCGCCAGGCAUACUACAUCGGCUUGGCUGGUGUACUUCCAUAUGCCGCGACAUCGGCUGCUACCGUCUACAGCGCAUGGGAAAUCCACAAUGGAGGCUACUUGAUGACUGAAAAGACUGCCGAGCUUGUUCUCCAGAUCCUCGAGCCUCUGCAGGUCGGCUACGGCGCUACUAUCAUAUCUUUCCUUGGCGCCAUCCACUGGGGUCUCGAAUGGGCCAAGUACGGUGGUGAACAGGGCUACCCGCGCUAUGCCAUUGGUGUCAUCUCUACAGCGCUUGCCUGGCCGACUAUCCUCCUGCCCGUCGAGUACGCUCUGAUCUCCCAGUUCCUCAUCUUCAAUUUCCUCUACUACACCGACUCGCGCGCAUCGAAGAAGGGUUGGGCACCGGGCUGGUACGGCGUCUACCGCUUCGUCCUUACCUUCAUUGUUGGCGCCUCUAUCGUGGUUUCCUUGAUUGGUCGUGGUCAGGUAUCUGACCGUGUUGGACGUCUUCCAGGCCCAGCCGACCGGGUUCGUCAGCUGCGUGAGCAGCAGGCAGUUGAAUCUGAGAAUGAGGAGGAAGCCAGGAGGAAGUUCCUCGCUUCCAAGGGUGAGGAUGAGGGUGAAGACGAAGAGUAGAACUCUGCACAGAGAUCAAGCAGAUAAGGUUGAAAAGCCGCAGAAUCCAACACGUUCUAGCGCAGAACAGAAGGACGUGACCACAUGUAUACAACUGCACUCAAGGGACUCGAGGAAGUGGUCCUGGCUUGGGAAUGGCCACUAUACACAUGUCAAUCAAAACGCAGUCUUCGUUUUGGGGUAGCUUUGACUAGGUACUGUAUGAGCUGACGAUGUCGCACUCUG